AUGUCUGGUGAGUCAGGCCAGCCUCAGGCUGGUCCCUCACAUGCUGGGCUCAAUUUGCCUAGCUUUGGGAGAAAUCAGGCUGGGGUCCCGGGAGGAGUGAUCCGACGGGCAGGCGCCCGGGGACCCAGGUCCUGGAUCCAAAAGGUUCUUGAGCAAAUAACGGGCUCACCUCGCCAGUGGGUCACUCCCUCAGAGGUGGUGCCUGUCACUGUGCUGGCCGUCCAAAGGUACCUGUUAGAGGAUGAGCCACGCGACACGGUGCCCAAGCCUCCUCUUUACUGCUAUGAUGUGACGAUCUCGGAUGGGGUGUACCAGGAGAAGUGCUACCUGGACCCGAGCUUGAACUCUCUCGUAUACCAAAAUAUUCUUAAAGUUGGCAUAGAAGUGAAAAUAACUAAAGUCUCGUGUCUUUACAACGAGAAAAGAUUAGGCCAGGGGAUUCUGUGCAUAGAUAACGUCCACUGUGGGGAUACGUUGGACAGAAUUUCUUUAGAAACUCCCUUCAGAAAUAGAGCACACGAGGAGAAACCAGAGAGGCCUUUAAGGGGUGGGCAGAGUCAUUAUCUGGCUCUGUGGAAUAACGAAGAUCCAUACGGAGAUAUCUGGCUAAACGACAAGCAACCUGAGGAGCACGAUUUUAGCGACACAAAAAUAAUUUCCCUUUCUCACCUUGAGAUGACCUGGACUAACAGAAGGAAUUUUCCUGCAUUGCUUGUAAGGAUCUUGCAUAAAUCAAAACUACGAUACUAUGGGAAACCUGAUAAAAAGAUGGUUGAACCAUACCAGACCUUUUUGGAAGUUGCUGACAGUUCAGGCAUGGUGUCGGUGAUUAUGUGGAAUGCUCUGUGUCCUGAGUGGUAUAAAAGUUUGCAGGUUGGUUUAGUUCUUCUGCUUCAAGAUUAUUCCAUUAAGAAGAGUUACCCAUUCAGGGUGCAGCCUCUCCCUGUGGAUCCAGAGACCAAACUAAUUUCUACAAUGGAAAUCUGUCUGAACCUUCGAGAUCCUCCAACUAAUAUAAUCAUCAUUCCAGAAAGGCAGGUGAAAUCAGAAUGGAGAUUGCCAAUAUUAAAUCACCGAUUUGUCACAAGAUCAGAACUAGAUGAUAUACCAGAAAAUCAUAUCUGCGAUGUUAUUGGAAUUUUAGUUUUUGUAGGAAGAGUCCAGCGGUCAAAAAAGAAAGAAAACCGUGAAGAUUUUUGGUCUUAUCGCUGGAUUCACAUUGCUGACGGGACUUCAGAGCAACCAUUUAUAGUGGAACUGUUUUCUACAUCUCAGCCAGAAAUCUUUGAAAAUAUCUACCCAAUGACAUAUUUUGUGUGUACACAGCUGAAAGUUGUCAGAAAUGACACUCGGAUACCUAAACUGCUUUACCUUACCACUACAAAUGAAAGUCGAGUGUUUAUUACUGGUCAUAGAGGCCAGCCGUAUACCUACGAAUCCAAGGUAAAAAACUUUAUUCAGUGGAUUAAAACAAAGACUGAUUCUGAGGGAGUGAAGAAUACUGUUAUUGGUGGAUAUUAUCCCUAUCCACCAGUGCCGGAGACAUUUUCCAAGUAUAGUAGUUCUGUUAAAGUUGAGUCGCUCUUGACAGCUCUAAGUGAAGUGAGGAAGGAGAUUGAAGGCUUGCAGUAUAGGGAACAAAAGCGCAUUGCAAUUCAGGGGAUAAUUACUGUUAUAAAGUAUAUUCCCCCGAGUGGUGCAACUGAGAGUGCCUCAGCAUCAGAAACACUCCGGAAUGCUAACCAACCCUCCACAUCCCAAGCAGCUAGAAGAGAAAGUGAAAGUCAGAAAAGAGAUGGUCAACAGCAUCAAGAUGACAGGCCUAUGAGUUCUCAGUGUUUUCAAACUACAUCUGCAUGUUUGUGUCCAAGCAAGAAAAAAAUAAUUCUUCAAGGCCCAUAUGCUAAACCAGUUGCUGUACCUCAGCCAAACACUUCUGCACAAACAAAAGGAAAUAAACCAGGCAUGCCAAGCAUCUUCCAAUAUCAAGAAAGCACAAGUGUUAGAACCCAAGGGAGAGCCAGAAAAAAUAUAAGCGAUAGGUGGGAGAGUCAGCUGUGGAGAGAGAAAAAGUUUGGCUUCAAAAAUCACCUACAUUACAGCCAUGUUUAUCCUGAAAGUAUUCCACGGAAAUUUAUUUUUGAACACAGAAAAUUUCUUACCGAGCAGUAUAAUUCUCAGCCUUCCAAAUACAUACCACCAGAAGGAAGGCCCCUAAAACUUGAUGAUUUUAACAGUGCUCGAAGCCUUGGACAUUUUGAAGUAACCAUCUUAGGUCUGAACCAUGAUAUAGCAAUUGACGUUGCAUUUCUGCCCAUGUAUUGUCCAGAAGAUCUCCGGACAUCUCAAGUAGACACAUUGUUAACCUGCAUGAAUUACAGCUGUGUAUAUCCACAGGAAGUAACUGCCAAUGACCAACUUUCAGGUUCGAGAGCACUUGCAGGUGAUAUUAUAAAAGCAGUAACUGAACUGGAUAGAGUACAUAUCAUCGGUAUCUUGGAUAUCUGUAAUUUGGGUAACAACAAAGUGGAAGUCUAUUUGCAGAAAAUUUAUAGUCCAGAGAAUACUUCUUAA